AUGUCGAAUCAGGAGCUUCUUCCAAUCGAUGUCUCGGGGGACGUGGGUGCUAGAAUCCUGAGUGUCGAUGGAGGAGGAGUACGGGGUCUUAUUCCUGUGCAAUUGCUCAAAUUCUUAGAGAAGCAGUUGCAGAAAUUGGAUGGGGAAGAUGCCAGACUAGCAGAUUACUUCAAUAUAAUGGCAGGUACCAGCACUGGAGGUCUCAUCACCACAAUGUUAGCCACUCCAGACCCGAAUGACCACAAACACAAUCGUCCUUUUAGUACCCAGAAAAUUGAAGAUUUCUACUUGAAGAAUGCGAGUUUGAUAUUUCCUCAACCAAGCAAAUGGAAUAUUUUUCACGGCAUUUUUGGUCCCAAAUACAAUGGCAAACAUCUGGUCGAUAUCUUAGAACAAGAGAAAUUUCACGAAAGACGGCUGUGUGAUACGGCUACUAACCUGGUGAUACCCACCUUUGAUAUCAAGACGCAGUUUCCUACAAUUUUCGCCAGUCAUGAGGCGAAAGUAGAUCCGCUGAAGAAUCCACAUCUAAUGGACGUAUGCCUCUCCACAACUGCAGCUCCUACCUAUUUUCCAUCUCACCAGUUUACAACAAAUUCCAGUGACGGAAAGACCCAAGUUUUUAACUUAGUAGAUGGAGGAGUAGCGGCUAAUAAUCCUACCUUGAUAGCAAUGAACUUAGUCACUCGAGCAGUUCAUCAGGAUACAAGAAUAGUCGACAAAAAGGAGCACCUUGACCACUUUAUUGUACUUUCUCUUGGAACGGGAUUAGAAGAGGGUAUUGAAUGGGACGCAAAAAAGGCUGCCACAUGGGGAAGCUUGAAGUGGAUUACUCACGAUGGAAGAACGCCUCUCAUAGAAUCUAUCAUGAAUGCAAGUUCAGACAUGGUCAACAUUCAUACAGCUUUGAUGCUCCAUCAUGUCAAAGAAAACUAUCUUAGAAUCCAGGAAUGGCAACUAAAAGGAAGCGAAGCAAAGAUGGACCUCAGUACGGACGAGAACCUGAGGAAUCUUGUGAAGAAAGGCCAGGAACUAUUGGAUAAGCCUGUUAGAAGUUUAAAUUUGGAGACUGGGCGUCCUGAGACAGUGAAGAACGACUGCACAAACAGGAUGGCAUUGACUAAAAUGGCUGAACGACUCUCCAAGGAGAAGAAGUUGAGGGAUAAACGGAGCGCAUCUUCUGCACUUUCUAUGAAUGGCCAUAGUGUUGGAAUAAACAUCUGA